CCGGUACUGGCUGGCGGCCUCGCCCGGUCAUCCACAAGCGUUUGCCACAGCUUCUGCAGUAUGACAGAGCACUGCUGGCUGCCAUGCCGCUGCAAUGUCUGUACUGCAGCCUUGCAGGUCACUGAGUCUGUCACUGUCCAGAGAUGUGUUCGAUACUGGAGCACCAGCCUGAGCAGCAUUGCCAUAACCUCUUUCAGCUAAUGCAAGACAUGUUUGUUGAGGCUAAAACUAACUAUGGUUGUAGCUAUAACAAGCACUACCUCUGCCAGUGGCCGUCGUCGAAGAAAACACUCCAGCCAGAAAAAAGCUUGCUCGUGCAGUUGCUUGAAUCUGCAAGUAACAGUUUCAGCCACACCGAAGCGAACCUGCGGCCGCAGUGCGACCACAUAAUCAUUCACAUAGCUCCUCUCCAGCUUGGCCAAGGCCAGAGCCCAGUGAUCAAGCUGCUGCAUGUUCGCAGAGCUCGUGACGGGGACAGGCGCGCUGGCGGCUCGUGGCGAAACACGGCAACGUGACGGCAAAAGUUCGUGUUCGCCAAUCAAGUUGUUUUUUACGAGGAACCUUCCCAGGUGCUAGGACACGAGGUGCCGAGGUAGAUAGCCAGCCUCUGGGUGGUGUAGACUGAUGCUGUCGUCGCUGUGUUGCUUGCCUUAUUCUGCGUGCGAGAACCACUCUACAACUCUGGAAGGAAUACGCCACCGCAUCGACCGUGGACCAGUUGGAAGUCGAGUGUAAGACUUGUCGCAAGGUUUGUCGGGCACGGUAGGAAGAUCGCAGGUCGUGAGUGGACCACGCAGGCUGUUUCGUGCAGCAGCUACAGCUGCCAUCAUUGCGGGUUGACCACUGGUUCAUAUCAACUAUCAGCAUCAUCAUCAUGUCGCGGGGAAGCUUUCACGUCGCUUUGCCGCACCAUGGAUCACCUAUGAAAGCCGUCCACAGCCGACCCCCGUCGUCAUCAUCGGUGGGAAUCUCCAGACCCACACUGCAGCUGGGUAACAACACGACCACCAACAACAGACCUUCGAGUGGCAGCUUGACGACGACUCCCGUCUCUGUCAAUGUCCAUUCUCGACACACUAAUGGCCACGCAAGUAAUGGAGGAGGAGGGGCAGGAGGAGGUCGGGGUGGUGCCUCUGGUGGUCAGGACCUCUCGUCCCAGCCCCAGGCGUUGAUGCGUGCCUCAUGUGAGGCGCAAGGACAGCAGAGAUCAGCGUCACCCAAGGAGAAUGCCAGGGAUCAGCAAGUGUUUGUUCUGCGAGACAAACCGCCGGCCACGCCGUCAAAGCACAGCAGUUCAACAUGUCCGCUUCACCUGCAGUCUGUACAGAAGGUGGCCAGCGGUAACAUUGCGACGCUGUCGGGAUCCAGCUCUCGCCAAGCUGCACACAUCUUUCAUUUCACACUGGACUGGAAGAAGAUGUGUCAGCAUCGUGAUCGUCAUCACCAGUGGUGCAAAGUCAAAUCCACAAUGUUCGGUUACGGCGGUCAGCUAUGGUGCAUUAGAGGUCACAUCAGCAACAACGUGAAGGACCCAUCGUUCCUUAUCAUUUACCCCUCAUGUCUCCUGGACUGCAAGGAGAAACGAAAGCGAAAGAAGUCCUCUGAACAACAGUCACCUUCAAAAUCCAUGGGCCAUGACUCAAGUAGAGGAGAGGAUCGGCGGAAACGCUUCAGUAGCAGUGAUGGUGAAUCUCGCUACAGGUGCAGCAUGAUGUACAAGCUCAGUCUGCUGUGCUCGAGCGACGCCAGCUCCGGGCGUAAUGCUAGCGGGCAGAGUCUCACCGUCACCACUGACGACGAGGGGGUGAUAUUCGAUGCCGGAAAGCCGCUGAACCCGCUACAACUUGUCAUUCCCGUAGGCCUGUUGUCCUCCAAAGCAGUGGAUAGCAGCCAGUCACAGUACGUCAUGGACGACAUGUUACACUUCCGCUUGGUGUGUUGGCCGGUGAGGAGUAUAUUCUCCUGCAGCGUCAGUGUCAUGGACCUUUUCCCCUGGGAUGGCUCCAGUCAGCUGCGGCGCUUUGACCAUGUCUGCUGGGAGAGCGAGGUGUUCCUAUUCUGUCAGGCAUGGUGGAGGCUGGUCAUGUUCCCCAAAGGCCAUGGCACGGGCUGUGCCCAAAGAAUGACUGUCUUCCUGGAGCUAGUGGACUUGGCAUCGACUCGCAAGAUGCCUGCUCCCGAGAUGCCACUCCUGGUGCACGGAUCGUUGAUCAUCGAGCAGCAUCGAUCAGCGGCGGCCAUGAUGGUUACCGCUGGCCACGACAACAUUGUACGGUCAACGCACGGCAUAAGACAUCGGUUUGAUGUUGGAGAGUUGUGCGGAUGCCGGGGUGCCCUGCUCUUGCAGGCGGAGGUGACAUCAGUUACACUCAAGUUUGAAUCAAGGAGCGGACAACUUCAAGGAGCUUGGUGCCAGCCCAACGAAACUGCGUCCUCAUUCAAUGGGAGUCCGGAAAUGUGGGCUUGGUAUAUGCAGAACCAUCAAUCACGCUGGCUACGGCCCGGAUCAAGAAGUCUGAGCGCGAGGUCCUCACUGAACAACCUGUCAUCCUCGUUAGAUCCCCAUCAACUUACCCAUCGCUUCUCCCAGCUGUCGCCUAGCCCACUCUCGCCGGGGAUACUGAGCGCAAGGAGCUUUGCAGACUCGCCGGGUUUCGAGAACGGCUACGGCACUUCCGAGAGCGUGGAGAGCAUUGAUGUGAUUCACCCACUGCAGGAACACAGGUCUGUUUCGGAGCUCACCAAAGAGUUUAAACUCAGCUGCAGCCUACCACAGGAUGAUGGCGAGGCGUCGGUAUGAAACUGUUUGACUGAACACAGCUGACCUAGAGACCCAACAAAGCUGACCUACUUAGAAGAAUAUCAUAUUCUUAGAUUCUCCUAGCUAUUCAGAAAUCGUAUGAGUGCAUGCUUCAAACUACACGAGCUACGUUGUCCGGUUGUAAAGUACGUCAUGUACAUUGCACUGUGCUGUGCUGUGCUGUGCUGGUGCCUGUGCUGGUGCCUGUGCUGGUGCCUGUGCUGGUGCCUGUGCUGGUGCCUGUGCUGGUGCCUGUGCUGGUGCCUGUGCAUACUGAACGCUGUAGUACAGUGUGCUGGUGCCUGUGUAUACUCAAUGCUGUAGUACAGUGUAGUGUUGAUUGAGCAGUGAAUCACAUGAUGUACUCAACUAUACUUGAUGCAACUCGCCAUAACUUAUCAUGCUGCACUCCUGCGGGUUGAUUCGGAACUUCACUGUCAAAUAAUACCAUACCCAUGAUCUGUC